UUGGCAUGAUUUUCUUCAGUUGCGCCCUUGCCUUCCUUCUGAUUGCAUGCCUCGUCACCAUCCAAACAUCACCCGACGACCCAAGCGAUCGAACGAAACACGAACGUGCGCGAGGAUCCAAGUUGGCGGCGUAUACAGAGUAUAUGAGAGUCAUUCUCGGUACACACGGUACACACAUACUCGAACAUAUGCCUUAAAAUUUACACACACACUCUCUCUCCCUCUCCUUCACACGCACAAUCACACAGUUUAAUGCCUUACAUACGGACCCAUACGAGUCUGUAUCAAAUAGUUAUCGUCAACCUAUCUAGUCUUAGCAGCCAACCCCCAGUCAACCCCUCGAUAUGCCAAUAAGAUAAGUAAAGGGGAUAAGAAGAGAUUUGCAAAUCGCAGAUUGGAAAGAGGUUAAUUCCGAGUCAUCGCCUUAUCUCCCUCCAAUAGGCUCAUCAUGAUAGGAAUUGAACCCCAUGGACAUUGUUUCAUGUCCAUUGCGCUAGUAAAACACGAAUUAUGAUCGAUCAGGUGUUAAUCAGAGGACAUGGCUGCAACAAGUGUCCGUUUUAUGCGACCGUAACGUUCCAACUCGAUACUUUGUUGGCGAAGAGCCCUUCCUCCCUUCGAAGGGUUUGCUCAAAAGCCCUCGGCACAACGCCCUCCACUGCUUACCUGUCAAAUUCAAGCUCUUCUUUAGGAACAUCUAGAAGGACACUAGACCUCUUCAUGGAAGGUGCAACGGAUGCUCCCAGUUACCUCUAGUACUACUGCAGUACUACCACUACUACCCAGUUAACUCCUCCUCCUAGUGGUAGGCUAGUAGUAAAGAACAAGGAAGAGGCUCGUCUUGUCCAUUCAUUCGUGUGUUGGUGCGUUUUAGUGACCCAAAUACCGUUGGUUGUGUAAGGCCUCACAGACGAUGAUUGUCUUUGACUAGCCGAUUGUGCCGGAAGUGAUUGGAGGGUUGAUCCGGAGUCGUCGAAGGCGCCAGGAUUUGGUCAAUCAAGCGGUAAGGAUGUGACUGAGCCCGGAAGCGAUGGAGUUGCAAUGAAAGGCGAUUUUGUACUAUUAGUAUUCGAUGUGCCGUACUGUCCAGUAUUCUUUUUGCCCGAGUGUUGUGAAGUGCUUUGAAUUAUAGUGCAGCGAACAAUGAGAGAGUUUAGAAUUUUACCCAUUCUGCACACCUCCUCUAAGGCCAAUCUGGAACCGGUCCCAUUCCACUCUGAUGGUCCCAAUGGAGACGAACUAAGUGGCUCAGGGAGGACCUACUCGCGCAAGACGAGAUGCCUCUGGUCCUUUUUUCUCUUGACCACUUGUUUGAGCUUGGGUUACUUCCUCCGAGAUUCCGUGCGUUGGAUCCUGGUGGUAGUGGAACACCAAGAUGAUUGGACCAUUAUGACAGCCUUGAUCUUACUUUACAUCUUGGUAUCCAUGCCCUUUGCCUGGGGAUACAUCGUGAUAAACGUGGCUACAGGGUAUUUGUAUGGCUUUGUCAAAGGGAUUUUAGUGACAAUAGUCACCGCUACGAUCGGAAUCCUCGUGGCGUUCCUCAUCGUUCGGAAGUUCCUGGGUCCUUGUGUCCGUGGGUGGAUCAUUGAAACGAACAGGAUUACUAGAUCCAUCGACCAGAUGCUCUACAACCCCACGCAAGCGUUCAAAAUCAUCGUCCUUUGCCGUUUGACGCCAAUCCCGUUCGGGCUGCAGAACUCUUUGUUUUCCGUUAAUGAAUCUCUUUCCGCUUGGCUCUACUGCUAUGCCACUUUUCUUGGAUUAAUGCCCUUCCAAGUGCUCAAUGUGUACCUCGGAUCUACCCUGCGAUCUAUGGAACAGGUUCUUUACGACGCCACCAUGGCCAAAGUGGGAAUGGCCAUGUUUGGAGUGCAGAUCUUAGUAGCCAUCCUCGUCACAUAUUUUGUACUGAGAGCAGCCGAAACUGAACUAAAGAAAGCCAUUUCCGAAUCCAAAAUCUCGAUCAGAUCUUCUAUCAACCAUGGCGACCUCGAUGCCUCCACCAGCCUCUCUCCCAAAGACACCGAUCCCUUGCUUCCAACCAUUGAAGCCACCACUUUGUCAGAAGUCAUUGUUUCUCGGACAAUCUCAUGAGCUCGUUUCCUCCAAUCUUGAUAUUCCGUCGCAAUUGAUUAAAUAAAAAAAAAGAGUGAAUUGAAGUAAUAACUAAGACAGAACAGCUGUUGCAAUCAAAAUGACGAUCAUUAUUGCUAAUGAAUUGCCAAAUAAACGAAAAGAAUGAGCUUAUUGUCACCUCUGCUUUGUUCCACGCUUGAAUGUGAUGUUAAGUCAAUCCAAAACACGGCGGACGAAUCUAGAUC